AUGAGUGCUUGGCUAGAUGCUACUCCGACAAUAGGUGCAAGUGUUGCUGGCUUUGGUGAUAAAUUGUCAAUACUAAGCAACAACUCAGACCCAUUAUUGCAACAGAUUAAAGCAAGUCGCAAAGCAUUGCAACUAGUUGAGUCCAGAAUUAGCAGCAGCAAUAAUAAUGAAGAAAAAGAAGAAAAAGAAGAAGAAGAAAAAGAAAAAGAAGGCAACGUUAAUAGCGAGCAGGCGUCCGAUUCAUUGCUUGUUCAAUUCUUUGAAAGCUCAUGCAAUGGCGAUCUAGUCACCAUGGAAAGUAUUUUGCGAACAUAUCCAGAGUUUGUAGACCGUUUAUAUCCCUUGGAACAAGCAGGUGUCACUGCACUUGUUUUUGCCAUUUGCUUCAGCAAUGAGGAUAUAGCAGAGUCAUUGCUUCAAAAUCACAACGCAAACCCCGAUCUCGCAGAUACACUUGUCAAUUAUACACCUUUGAUGUGGGCAGUUCAUUUAAACCAAUUGGACAUGGUGGAACUAUUACUCAAAUAUCAAGCAGACCCCUUUUUGUCACCGGAGAAAAGCAAUAAAAAUGCAGUAAAGCUAAUCAACCCAGAGAAUUAUGAAAUGGUUGAGUAUUUCAGAUCUCACAACUUAUUGGGCAAAGCCAACACAGACAGUGAAGAUUAUUACAAAAUCAACACAUUCAUUCCUCAAGAUGAGUUUGAGGAUGAUAUUCUGACAAAAUUAAAGUUACACACACUAUCGGGCACGGUUGAUGAGGAUAGAGACGGGGAAAGGGAAGGAGUAAGAUCAAAGUACGACCAGGAUACUCCUUUAGGUAAUGAGGACGAUGAAAGCGUGCUUGCGCUGGAUAUUAACCUAGCUCGACUACCAGAAUUUGAUUACAAGACUUUACAAUCUGAGCAGUAUAUACAAUUCACUGAUAGCGAUAUUCCCUCUUUGAUUAAUUAUAUGUUUGAUUUAAGACUGAAAACAACUUAUCAACACGAAACAAAACUUCCUGCAGCAAUACUAUUCCAAUUGGUCAGAUAUGCGUUUUUCAAGCUUGAAUCCGGGGAGCUUUCUGAAUUCUUGUUUGACUGUUUCACAGCAAGAUUACGAACUGUGACCAACACGAAAUCGGGAGCAUUCAACAUGGCAUUGCAAGAUAAUGAGUCGGCAUACGGUGCGGGAGAUAUUGUCCUCCUAAGCUACUGGCUUUCAUCAUUGCAAUUUUUGCAUUUUUACUUUAGCAAGUCAAACAUCUACAAACAUUUCCCACAGUUUUUACAAGAAAUCAUCAAUUUAAUUCAAUCAUUGAUUGCUACAUUAUCUUUUUCAAUCAACUCGCGAUUAAACUUACUAGUGGACCAAUGUAUUUUAAAUUUCACCAGUUUGAUUGAUGUGUCAAAUACGCUUUAUGCUAAGGAUUGGAACUUGUUCAAAAAGAACAAGUCACACCCAAACAAUUAUGAUGAUAUUUUAGCAACACUUUAUCCACCUACACAAGAAGAGCUAAUGAAACCUUCUCCAAUCAAGUAUACCCAAGUGCUUGGUGCGUUGGACUAUGUUUUAAAAAUCCACAAGGUGGAUAACUUGUUUAGAAUGCAAACCUACUCGCAAGUGUUUUACUAUAUAAACUGCGUCAUUUUUAAUAGCAUAAUCUCGCUGAGUCGGUACUGCACGCGCUCCAAAGCAGUCCAAAUAAGAUUAAAUUUAUCAUCAAUUGAAGAUUGGUUACGUUCCCAUAAUUUCCAAUGCCAAAGACCAGAACAUAUUGGAGGGUUACAAAAAUUGAUCCGUGGUACAAAUAUGGGCCAGGAGGAAGUGCAAACGUCACAAGAGUUGCAUAAUCUUUUGAUAGAUACCAACCCUCUUUUGCCCAAAAAAAAUCCACAAUGUUUGGAAUUCUAUUACGAUUCUUUGUUCCAUGUUUGCAAAUACCAAUUGCAACCUACGAUUGAGCUUCUCCAAUGGUUGCAAUGUAUGUCGUCGUUAAGUACCGAGGAAAGUUUGAUCAAUACGAUUAAUCAGUUUGACAGUAUUAAUUACUACCAACUUUUGAAGGUUAGCAACAAGCUUUACAAAUAUGAAGUGCAUGAACCCAGAUUACCGAAACCAUUGGUUAGCUUUAUCAAGUCACUUGUUAAUGAGCGCGGCGAGGAGCAAGUUGCAAAUUGUCUUCAACAUUAUAUGACGCAAUCGACAUUUUUAAGCAAAGAGAGAUUUAUUCUUUUGAACCCCAACUACAUAUAUGGAGUAGCUUUACCAAAUCUCACUGAGCUUAUUAGCAAUUAUGGGUCAGGUAUUGGUGGAACUCAUAUUUUGCGUGGAAAAAAGUAUCAACCUUCGUUACCAAUCAAGAUUAUUGACGAUAUAGAUGAGAUACUUGCUGAGAACAGAAGCAUGGAGGAAAAAGACGAGUAUACUCAAGCAACACCAGAUGAUUAUUCCGAAUCAGAAGAUCUUGGUGAAGUCGGCGAGGGUACUGAGCAAGAAUCAAAGAAUCCGGUAAAAGAGAGGUCAUCGUAUAAAGACGACGGUUUAAAAGGAGACGAGCUUUUCAAGCAUGUUCAAAAGCCGUACUCUUUGGCACAUAGAGAAUGGGGUGAUUCCAAAAAUGAUGAUUUCGAAACCAAUCCAUGGUAA